GGUCAAAGUGUCAAACCCCUGCAGGCUGCAAGGGCUUCUGUUCUCUUCCACUCGUCCUCAGCCGCUGUGCCGUCAGGCCCUCUCCCGUCGACCCAGCUCUCCCCCUCUCCACCGUUUCCUUUCCAGCUUUCUGAUUCUAUUGGGGAAGACGUCCUGGCAACCUGAGUGCAACGACGACAAGCUGCUGGAUUCCUCGUGCGGGUAGCGACUGGAUCGCGACUGACAGCGAGCUGAAUCGGAGGCAGGGAUAGACAUUUCCGAAGUGGGAAAACAAGGAGCUUCAAACUAAUUAUACAAAAUGCUUAGAGCAAAACGGUUCACAAAUCUUGCUCGUUCAGCCAGAGCUUCAUUGUUCUCAUGUGAAGUCCAAGAAGCUCGCGCCCUACACCGUAUCAUUGUCGACCUGAGGAGCCAGCCUCAGCUGUCUUCUGUUCGCUUCCUUGACUUCUAUCAGGGCAGUACAGAUGAGAUGAAUAGAGGGUACUUUGCUGAUAUGUCAGAGUUCAAGAAGCAUGGUGGAAAGAUUGCUCAGGCAGAUAAGAUAUUAAUCCCUGCAGAGACUGCAGCUAAGUUUCCAGACUUCGAAGUGAAUUUCUCCGAUGGUAGAGCCUUAAAGCUCCCUACUAGAUUCAGUGGGAAUAUCACUAAGUCUGAUGCUUCUGAUUUUCCGAAUGCAACUCUGCUUUGUCUUUCGUUUAGAGCAAGCUCGCAGGGAAUGAUCGACUCUUGGACUGUGCCAUUCCUUGAGGCAUUUCGUGAUGGCAAAAAUAUUCAGCUCUAUGAGGUGUCAUUCAUAGACUCAUGGCUCCUAUGUCGAAGUCCAAUCAAGAGGCUGCUGCUUCGGACGAUGAAGAAAUCCACAAUUGACUCGAGUCGAGCACUUCAAAAGCAGAUUGCUUAUUCGUUUGGCGACCAUUAUUACUUCCGAAAAGAACUGAAGAUAUUGAACCUUCUCACAGGGUACAUUUACCUUGUGGACAAAUUUGGCAGGAUUAGAUGGCAGGGAUCCGGCACAGCCACCGAAGAAGAGAUGUCCUCCCUCCUCUCAUGCACGUCGUUACUCUUACAAGAUUGAAGUUUCCUCUUCACUCACCCAUCCCCGACAUAGACAGAUUUCCGAGCAACUGAGAUCGGGAUCACUUACGGAGACCCAAGUAAUAAGCUUUCAGAAACCAAACCAACAAUGGUCUUAUAACGGUACAUGUCCAUAAACCCUGAGUUUUUUUUGUUGUUGGAUGAAGGUCGUGACAUGUGUUUAAGGUCGGAUAUGGGUUUGGGUUUCAAAACCGAACCGUCCUUAUAGCUCUCUAUCGUUGCCUACCACCAGACUAUAUCUUAAGAAUCAAUUCUGCUGACGCUUGUACUUCAUCAGCCGACCAUUCAUUCUCGUCCUUUGCUAUUCAAGGCCUUCUCUAUAUAGAAUGUCCUAUGUAGCACAUGCAUGAUCCUGCCCUGUUUCUCAGAAAUGGUUGCCAGCCUCUGAUACUUCAUUCAUUGUUGCAUGAGUCUGGAGUGUAACUAGUGUUUAUCAUCAUAUAUGGAAGUUCUGUAAUGACAAAGGAAAGGUUCCUAGAGCAAGAGUUGAUGUGAAAGAUUUUGAGAACUACCCGAGAGCAAGAAUGUGCCAAAAAGUCUUCUAUUUAAUGAAAGAUAAAGCCAACUGCUCAACUCAUCGAGGAGAAAAAAGAGGAAAAAAGGCCAAGCUUUUUACAGAAAUGGGCUGUGACGUAAAUGUCCAGCCUGCAGUGAAUGUGGAUGGUGACCUAGUUUCCUAGUUUUGGUACAAAAUGGCGAGCUUGGGUUCCUUAACAACAAAGCAAGGCCAUGUGAUGAUAUAUGUGUCCAUUCGAGUUUAGGGUUUGCUGCUGAUUCUGAUGCCUGAUAUGAUAUCACAUUGGUGAACUUGGAAGUUGUGUUUAGUGACUAACUUGUAGCAUGCAUGUCGUUAUUAUUUUAUUUAUCGGUUUCAGGUUCGUAUUAAAAGUACGAUUUAAAUA